CACUGAGACUUGCUCUGGGAAGCAUUCUCUCGCCUGUGCGCCUUUCUUUUUCUUUCGCCCAAUUACCGUUUUCUCACGUUAGUUAAUGGUAGAAACGCCGGUCGAACUCGCGCUCGACGUCUGGCACAGCGAGCCCUGCACAUAUGUACUACACGACCCAUCCGCCACAUUCGCCAUACCCGCCACCACCGCCUCACUCGACUCCAGCACAAUCCGAAUCGACGAGCAACUAUCUCCUUUCCCCGCAAGGGCACCUUAUCUCCCACUCCCAUACGCCUUCGCGUUUGUGCCAAUCGGACUCGGCGACUGAGUACCCUUCGUCAUCUCAGCCGUCGCCCCGCAGUAGCCCCGGCCCAGAUUCCCCAGUUGCACCACCAAGUCCUGUAAGUACCGGUUCGCCAGCUAUACAUGCUCCGGCACCUGGAACGGGUACUCCAAACAAGGCUAAGUUUAUCGAGACGUUGCAGUCUAAGAGCGCGUGGGACGCGUUGAUUCAUGGUCCGUUUUCUUAAAUUUGGUAGCUAGGUCCCUGUGUAUCAUAUUUGUAUGCAUUUUUGUCGUAAAGCUAGGGCUAGGAAUAAUAUGUAUUUCUAGCUGAAUGCCUCCGUG